AUGAGCGCCCGUAAUGAGGCCUCCGCUGCGGCGUCGGUAGAGCCCAUUUUGCACACGUUCCCCAAUGGCAGGUUUCGCUUGGACCCGCGCUUCUCGCCAGACCGCGUCAUUGGUAGCGGGGCCUACGGCAUGGUUUGCAGUGCGCUGGACAGCGUGAGCCGCAAAAAGGUGGCCAUAAAAAAAAUUAGCUCGGCCUUUACCAUGAUCCAGGUGGCCAAACGCACCUUGCGCGAAAUCAAGCUGCUCAAGCACUUCCAUGCUCACCCCAACAUUGUGAGCAUCCUCACCAUUCAACGACCCCCGGCGACAACGGCCGACUUCAAGGACCUCUAUGUCGUGCUCGAGCUGCAAGAGUGCGACCUGCACCGCAUCAUCCAUUCGGACCAACCCCUGUCAGAAGCACACGUGCGAUAUUUCCUCUAUCAACUUCUCUGUGGUCUCAAGUACAUCCAUUCUGCCAACGUCCUGCAUCGUGACAUCAAGCCGGGCAACCUACUCAUCAACAGCGACUGCUCCUUGCGCAUUGGUGACUUUGGCAUGGCCCGCGAAAUGGCCUCCAAACCCGAACAACAUCAAAAUUUCAUGACCGAAUACGUGGCCACCCGCUGGUACCGUGCACCAGAGGUGCUGCUCUCCUUUGAUCGCUACACUCAGGCCAUCGACAUGUGGUCUGUCGGCUGCAUCCUGGCUGAAAUGCUGGGCCGACGCCACCUUUUCCCCGGCAAAGACUACCUUCACCAGCUCGGUCUCAUUCUGUCGCUGCUGGGCAGCCCUUCGGAAGAUGUCCUUGACCGCAUUGGUAGCUCCCUGGCCCGCCGAUGCCUGCAAAAUUUUCAGAACAUUCCAGCCCUCGACCUCCAUACCGUGUUCCCCGACGCGCGCCAAGACCUUCUCAACCUCUUGUCCCUCAUGCUGACGUUUGACCCCGAGCAGCGCGUCACCGUGGACCAAGCUCUGGAAAAUCCGUUUUUCCAGGGACAUCGCCGCCCAGACCUUGAGCGUGUCUGUGAACCCUUUAGCUUUGACUUUGAGGUAGCAUCGUUGUGCCAGCCUCUGUUGGAUCUCAUUGUUUAUCAUACUAUAAUCGCCACUCUUCUUCUUGUAUUCAUGCGAUGA